AUGGUGAGUCGCGUGCGCUGGUUCACGAACGUGCAGGAGCACAACGUCUGCGGCCACGCUACCCUCGCCACCUCUGGCCUCUUCUUCAACGAGAGCUCGCAAAGCGCCGUAUCUAUCCCGGGAGGAGAUACCGCCCAGACCCUGAGCUAUACGGGCUUGACGGAUAACUUGUCCGCUACAAGGGUUGAGGAUGGGAAGAUCCAGAUUGCACUCGACGCCGCGAAGGUCGAGGAGAUGGAUCGAGAAGACGCGCGCGCGGUGCGACUGCGUGCCGCAAUCGCGGCGGCGUUCGGCGUGGACGUUGGCGUCUUGUACAUGGGCGCGAGAACGGGGUCGUACAAGAUAUACUGCCUCAUCGAGCUCGACACGGAUGACAUCGGCGCGUGUCAGGUCGACUUCAUGCGAUUUUUGGACAGCGACUUCAUCAUCCACGUCUUUGGCGCCCGCCCCCAUGCCGCGGCACGCGAGAAGGGCGUCGCUUUCGAAACACGGAUGUUCGCGCCUGAUUCGGGAGUGUACGAGGACCACGUAUGCGGCUCGGCGCAUGGGCUACUGGUCCCAUAUUGGAAUCGGAAGCUCGACAAGAAAGGUGCAACGAUGCAUUCGCAUCAAGCGAGUGCGCGGGGUGGGGAUCUUUGGGUCAAUCUUGAUGAGGAGAAAGCGCUCGUGAGACUAGCGGGGCACGUCAUAAAGGUUGCGCAGGGUAAUAUCAUGGCUUGA